AUGAACGAGAAGCUCGAGGGUCACGAAGAAGAGAAGAAAAAGUUCAAGAAUACGAUCCUUCUGCAGCUGCUCUUCCUGCCUUUCAAUCCGAUAUGGGAGGUGAUGUUGCAGUUCACGUUGGUCUGGUUGAUCAUGCAGUGCGUCUACAAGUACCAUUACAAUCCAUCUUACAGCAUCUACAUGGACAACUUAGUGUACUACACUCUGGAGCUGAUGUACCUGGUUGAUUCGCUUCUGGCCUUAUUGCACAGGUAUUCGAAGGAUAUCAACAAGUUUGGGUUGCACCAGUCCAGGAAUGUGUUUCUGCUUCUCCUCGACUUCAUCAGUCUUCUACCCAUCUACGAGUUGGUGUACCUGGUGUUUCCUGAAUACGCAGAGUCCAUCAGGCAUGCAGUCCGUUUGAAAUGCGUGGCGCGAAUUAUACAUUUCUUCUUUUUCAUCCACUCGAAGCGCAACAUCACCUCGACGAAUCCGCUCUUUCUGGUGUUCAUGGUGCAUUUGAUUCUGGUGCAGAUGUUCGCGCUCCUUGCGAGCGUGCUGUGGUCCAGUCUGGGUUGCGUGGACGACUGCAAGACGCCCAGUUGGGCGGAGAAGGUCUACAGGUACGGUAUACGACCGCAUCUGAAGACGGAAUGGUUCGCACUCUGCUAUUCGACGAUGAGCAACGUGGUGAUGCACAAUUGGUCCGGUUUUCUGGUGCAUCGCAACGUCUACGAGUCGUUGAUCCUGAUGAUCUUCAUGAUGAUCGGAUACUCGAUGCACGCUAUAGUCAUCAUCGGUCACAUGACCAAGGUGCUGCUGCAGAAGAUCUCGCGGCAGUACGAUUACAAGAGACUCCUCAAUCAGUUCAACACGAUCCUCUCCGAUCAGCCGCACUUGAGGAAUCGCAUCCAGAGCUUCUGCAAGGUGCUGUGGACGCAGCACGGCGGCAUCAUUUAUAGACCUUCAUCCGUCCAUCUCUUACCGAUGUCUUUGAAGAAGGAGAUUUAUUUGGAUAUAUUCUGGGACGCGUUCAAUCAUUCCCAUCUGCUGAAGCAUCUGGACAUCUGCGUGAAGAAGGAGAUUAGUCUGGUGAUGAGCAACGAGUUCUACUUAUCCGGCGAUUACAUCAUGAAGGUCAACACGCAGAAAAGGAAGUUGAUCUACAUCGUCUCCGGCAUUGUCCAAGUGCUAUCCAUGGAGGAUGAUGAAUCUCCAAUACUCUCAUUCUCAAGUGGAACUGUUCUCUCCGAAAUAACAACCGUCCUUUUGCUGCCCAGCAACGCGAAUCUUCGCUGCGCCACCAAUUGCGUGAUCCAGACUCUCAAAUUGACGGACAUGUUCAAGGUCUUCAGGAACUACACGAGCGCCACUCCCAAGAUCCGCGAAGAGGUCAUGCAACGCAUCGCCAAAGCCAGACGCAGCAUCAGUUUGAGGCAGUUGGUGCCGAAUGAGAGUUGGGACCGUCCCAUCUUCCGAUUGAAGAAGCAGUGGCGGGUGGUGGCCGAGCUGGAUGAGAUGAAAAAAAAGAAGCUCCAUCUGAAUCCCCUCAGCAUCAAGUGCAGAGUACCUAAUUUCAACUCGGAGUACCUGGAUUUGCUCACGCUCACCGAUAAGCUCGAGCUGCAGACUACGCCGAUCUGCCUGAACUCCAAAUGUCCUUACGUCAUGGACCAGAACUCCAGCUUCCGCAUGUUCCUAUUCUACAUCCAUUUCGCAACUGUUGUCUUGCAGAGUAUAUUGAUUCCGUACAUGAUUUCGUUCGGGACGAGCAACGACACGUUCUUCGCCGGAUCCCUGGUGCUGGACAACAUCUACAUGUUCGAUCUAUACGUCCAAGCUAGUACAGCAGUAGAGACUCCCUCUACUAAGAUCACUAAAUUCUCCGAGAUCAUUCUCUACAGAUUCAAAUCCAUCAUGUUCCUCAUCGACGUCCUCGCCACUGUACCGUACGAUUACGUGGCCGCAUUGUUCGGGGUUCCAAGAGAAUCACAGUUGCUGUAUAAACUUCCGCGAAUCCUGAAGUCGUACAAGAUUGUCGAGUUCAUCAUAUACAAGCAGAGAACGCUCAGAUACAACCGUAUAGCGAUAAUUGUAGUAAAAUACUUUACCAUAUACUUAUUGAUCGGAUACUUCGUGAUGUGCACCAUGAUCGGAUUCUUCUGCUUCGGCGAUUGCAAGUAUAGAUCGUUGAAAACGAGCUCGGACAAGAGUAACGCAGACACCUACUACUUUGCCAGCGCCUACACCAUAAGCGCCCUGAUGAACAUCAGCUUAUCAAGAAGAACGGCCACCUCGGUGUUCGAGAUGUGCUUCUAUAGUUUAACCACUCUCGUUGGCAUGUAUUUGUACAGUUUAUUCCUGAGCGAAUUGAACUGCAACAUCAUCAAGAUGAACGAGGAGAAUUUCAUGUUUCGCGAUAAGCUUCGCAUGAUCUACAACUUCAUGGUGAACAACGUCAUGCCCACGAGUUUUAGACAAAACGCUUUGGAUUACCUCUACUUCAAUUGGUUCAACGAAAAGCACAUCGACAUCAAUGAUUAUCACGAAAGCAUUCCAUUGGAGUUGAAAUGGGAACUGGUAACGAAAAAGCUGAUCAACGGAUUAAAGUUCGUGCCGAUAUUCUCCAAAUACUCGGAUGAAGUACUCACCAUGUUAGCUACCUGCGCCGUCUUGAGAACUCUACCAGCUGAUACCAUCAUCUGCAGUGCGAACGUUCGCCCUCUGUACAUCCACAUAAUAAUGCGAGGGAUGUCCUGCGAGAUGCCUGGAGAUCUGGAUAGGAAAGUGAAACGAAUCCUGCAGUUCGGUGAUUCUUUCCCUGUCAUCGAAACGUUUCAUAACGUGAACAGUCUGAACACUGUUGUCGCCAUCAGCGCCGUGGAGGAGAUUUGCUUGGAUUUCAACGCGGCGAUGUGUGUGUUGAAAUCUUGUCGCUUAGAAUACAGUAAUCUGGAGAUAACUCUGAAGUGGCACAUGAAUAAAUAUCAAUCUCUAUUGAAUAGGCAAUAUGGACAUUUGAUUGGGGAUGAUGGGAAGAAGCGGAAACCGAAGGAAAUCGGCGAUCUCUUCGAGUUCGAAAUCUUCGACGAGGAGGUCGUUGGAACAAACGACCAAAGAUCUAGAUUGGGUAUAUUGCGAUUUGUGAUCAUGAAGAAUUCGAUCAAUCCGCACGGCAAUUUUUUCAUCACCUGGGAGUGUUUUAGGUCAUUAUUGGCUGUAGUCUAUUUCGUCGUGUAUUCGCUCGUGGAUACCAUGAUGAAGGAAUACUGGCAGUACACGAUCUACGCCUUUACAGGUAUUAAAAUCGUCUUCGCCAUUGAUAUCUACAUCCGGUGCCACGUGCAGUAUUACAACAGGAACAACAUCGUGGUCACCGACCUCAUGAGCACCGUGAUGCACUACCUGAAAACCUCGUUCUUAGCCGACGUGGUCACACUUUUCCCAUUCUACGAAUGGGGUCUCUACAGGAUCUACAUAGGCGGUGUCUACAAUCUUCUACGUAUUACAACUGCAAUGAAUCUGCUGUUCAACAGUAUCUACUUCGCAAUGAUCCUCUACAGGCCCUUCAUGGGUUUGACUUACAUGGAUUGGAACAUCAAGGGCUACAGACACUACGUCGGACACGCGUUCAAACUGAUGCUGUUCUUCGUGGCCAUAGCUAUAAUCUUCUCCAACAACAUACUGCUAACAAUCUGCGUGAAAUACGGUUUCAAUUACAUGUGCACCGGAGAUUCGAACAUCAUUGCGAAUUCCAUCCUUCCCGAUUCGCAACUAAAUAAGAAUCUUCUGCUGCUCUGCCUGCACGCCGUCUCGGCAAGGUUCGGAUCAACGUACGUGGCUUACGGACGCGACGAAAUGACCGGAGGUGCCUUGGAAACCUUCUUCAUCGCCAUAUUCUUCUGGAUCUGCAGGCUCUUCGUUAUUGCCAGCAUCACCGGAGCGGCGAUGGGAAGUAACAUGCAGAUCAUCAAGUACAGAAACAGCAUGACUAACUUUAUCUCGUUCAUAAACAAGGAGAUGGUGGAUGAGAGUACCAUAAAAGUAUUCAUAGAUCAUUUUGAAUAUGUGUGGAAGAAGUGCGAGGGCGUGGUGAUGUCUAAACUGUUGGACACGUUUGACGAGAAGCUUCAUUUGGAUAUGCGAGAAUAUCUGUUCCUGGCAACUAUCCAGAAGUCGAAACUCUUCACUAAUGUUGAUCGCACCUCGCUGCGCGUCUUCAUCAAAUACUUUGAGAUACAGUACUUCAUGCUCGAUGCGGACAUCAUCAGGUGCAACGACAUCCAAGCAAACCUAUACUUCGUGUCGAAGGGUGAGGUGGACGUCUACAUCGCCGGCUGCAAGAUGGUCACGUUGAAACGAGGAGGUUGCUUCGGUAGCCUCACCAAGAUGGAUGCCACCAGGCAGACAAUCCGUGUUGUGGCCAAGUACCACGUGGAACUCCUUACCAUCCCCAGCCACCAAUUCUACGUCCUCGCCAAGGACUUUCCGCUCAUCCUGUUGCGUCUCAAUAACGCCAUCAGCUGCGGCGACGAGUACAUAGACUGCAUGGAAAUCAACACGCACCUCUACCAGAUGAACAUUGUCGGCAAAGAUGAUAUGGCACUGAUCGACAAGAAGUUAUACACCAUUUACAUGAAGAUCAACGACUUUGUGAAACCCGAGAGCAAGUACUACAAGCUGUACGAGUACGCUGUGCACGUGCACGUUGCUCCAAUCAGUUGUAUUGUGCUCUUACUCUUGCAGUUCUUGGACCUCCACUACAUCUAUUUGCAGUUCCAUCUGCAUUACACGGACGUGGAGUCUGGAGUGCGAGUGACGGAGCCUUCGAAGAUUCGAAAACGCUACACGAACACCCUCAUCUUUUGGGUGGAUCUGCUCGGACUCGUCCCUCUAGAACUGCUGAUGUACGCCAUCAAUGGACCGAUGAUUAUAUGCAUGAACAGUCGUCUUAUUAGAUUCUUGCAUCUGGUGCUGUACUACCACGGCUCCAAGAGAACGCUAGGUUUGAACAUAGUGCUCCAAUGCUCGUACAUCUGCUACAUGGUAAUGUUCGAGUUGACCGUGAUGUCUUUGAUUUGGUACCGCAUUUCUUGCACCGAGAAAGAGUGCUCUUUCGUGACGGUGCACGGAUACAAGAAGCACACGGCUUCACCCAGCGCUUGA